AUGUCGACGGAUCGAUUCUACGUUCCACUCAAGAACCAGCAAUUCCCAGUUAUCAUUUCGUAUCGCGAUCUGGUCAAGAGUCGACGUAAAGAGCAGCUCAAGCCUGUGGAAGCACCGCCCAUUGUACCCGAUAGUGCCGACAAUGAUUUCUUUGCAGGCAUUCUCGAACGUGCAAAGAACUACAGCUUGACUGAUGGAGACGACGUUGACGACAAUGCUUCGGAAGGUGACGAUGAUCCAUCGGCCGACAAAUCGAAGCGCGCUGUAGGCGAGGACUACGACUUUGAUGAUCCAUUUAUCGAUGAUAGCGACUUGCUCUUUGAAGAUCCACAGACGAGCUCACAUCCAGAAUAUGACGGCUGGUUCGUGUAUCAUGGUACCUUGGAUGGCAAUGAUCAACUCACAACCAAACGCGACAAGACCAAAACGACAUCAUCAACAGCCACCAAAAAGAAAGCAACAACGACAAAGCAAACCAAGGAAAAGACCAACGUUGUGAAGAAGGAUAAGGAAAAGACUGCCAGCACAACCGCCAAAAAGACCAAUACAGCAACAUCAUCAUCAUCAUCAGCAAUGGGUUCCACCUCUUCUCAAAAGUCAUCCCAACCUGAGCCAUCUACUUCAACAGGCAUUGCUGAUAAAGAACAAUCAAAAAAGUCAUCAUCAACAUCUACAGCAACACCAACAGCAUCUACAUCUACCGAUAAAAAGGCUGUGAAACCAACAAAGUCUUCUUCAUCCGAGACAACAACUCCCAAGAAAAAGGUGGCAUCUUCAGAGACUCGCCCAUUAAGUCCGGAGAUUCACGCUCUAUUGGAGAAGCUUAAGCAGGAUGCCGUGCAUGAGGAUUUCAAAUACAAGGCCAAGUUUCCACCUAAUUUACGACCUACGACAUUGGAUAUUGGCAGACUCAUGUAUCGUGAAAAGAACAUGCUUGACAACAACUUGAUCACCCAUUUGAUGAACAUCCUCCCAUACAACCGAUUUACAUUGACAAAAUUCCUUACGACAAAGACUGGUCCUGAGCGUGUACAAGAAUUGCAAGAGGAGCUCAACACGAUGAUUGAGGAAUUGAAAAGUGAGGUGAACAAGCUUAUGCCCGAGCAAAAUCGACAACACAGUGAAAAGGUGGCAUCUUUGGUAGCUGCCAAAGCAAAGGGAGGUGAUGCAUCCACCAGUACGGAUGAUCCAGCAUUUCUACCAAAGUUUAAAUGGAAUGAGGAAUUGCGACAAAAGCUGUAUAACAUACUCAAGGUGGACCAGGCAAUUAUCACAAUCUCCAAUGAUAUCGCCAAUUACACCAAACAAGAUCCAGUGAAUGAAGUCAGGGCACGAAAACAGAUCCAUCAGAGGCUCCUAUCAUGUUGGCCAGAAGGAUGGAUGACCACGGGCGAAUUGAGUCGUACCAACAGCGCAUACAAGGUCAAGAUGCGUGCCAAGUCAUCUUCAGCAACGAGCACAAGACGACAGCAUAACACGACGACCGAUUCCAAAAAUGUUAUUGGCACUGCGCCACCACAAUCUGAUCAGGAUAAGGUUUCCGACACAUCAACUGCCACCACAGCUAAAGUACAAGGUGCCAAGCGUGAGGCUGAGCCACAUCCAAACGAACUUGAUCCAAGCAAACGGCAUCGUGGUGAACAAGGCGUCAUUGUCAUACCUGAUGAUCAACCCACAGAUGUGGCGUUAAACGGCAGCACUGGCAGUGGCGGCGGCGGCAGCAGCAGCAGUAGUAGUAUCCAACCUAUCACUCAAUCCACUCCUACGACGGCUCCAGCUAUGACGCCAUUACCUUCACAACUAUUGCAACAAGCAGCCAAUGCAGCUUCUAUUGCUCAACAUCACCAACAACAGGAUCGUUCUACUACUAUUACUACUACCACAACACCAGGAGCCACGAUGGCCAUCCAAUCCUUGAUGAAUACCAAUUUGCUUCACAAUCCUCCCCAAAACUCUUCUUCUCCCAAUCAACAAUGA